AUAGAAAACGGAAGAUGGCUGGAAACAGGAGGUGGCACGGAGAGUGUUUGGUGCUUGACAGGGGCAACAAGCCAUGAAGUCUGAAAUAUUGGAAGCUUCUGCCUAGAUGCCAUACUUAUUGACGAGCGGGUCAGUGGAUGAGCAGAUGUGAAGGAAGGGCAGAUUGGUGCAAUUGUUGGUUGCUGCUUUCGGUAUGAUCUUGUCGCUGAGAAUUGCUCGCAGAGUGGUAUGUUAGUGUGCAUGGAUGGUGGAUCUUCGCGAAGGUUUUAGGGCCUAGGUGUAUUGCACGAUUGGGUGCGUUGUUUGGAGAGUUUGUGGAUGUUCGAUUAGUUAAUGGCAGGGUUGGACGGCAGACGGAGAAGGGAGAGGGUACGAAGGAGAUGAACGGUGAUUGAUCGAACGGGGUGGUAGUGUGAAGGGGAAAAGUGAUGUUGGUGAGGCGGUUUGGAGGAGGGAAUCACACAGUCUAGGUGUUGGAUGGGUUUACAGGUCAGGUUUGGCAAGUUUUGGAGCGAGUAAUUGUUGUUGGGUUGGGUUGGAUAAGAGGAUUAAAGGGGCACCGACUGUGAUGAAGCGCUCGGGGAUCAUCGAAGGGCUUAGUGAAUGUUUGUGGAAUUGGCCUGGAGUUGUGAAGCCGAAGGUUUCUGAAGCGCUAGAAUGGAAUUAAUCCACGUCAAUCGCCAUGGCUUGAGCAGCGUGCAAAGUGCGGACGAGUAAUCCAAGGAUUGAAUAUGCAUGGGAAUCUACAGUUUUCGCAGAAAAUGAGCGAAGCUGGUGGUGUAUCUUGGUGGUUAGGAGGGAUCAAGAUAGUUUGGAGUCAUGUUUCCCAGUAGCAUUGUGAACUUGUUGCGGUGGAAGCGGCGCAAUAAGAAUUUGGAAUUUGUGGUUUUCAGUUUCGUCGCGAGUAGAGUUUCAGGUUCUUGAUGGGAAUAGCUUUGUCUCUGUAGAUGGCCAGUGAGGUGUUAUAUUCCUCUGCGAAGAUGGUGGAUGUGCAAGCAAUGCCAGGGUUGUGGCCGGAGUCCACUCAGGCGGUGAUGCUUGAUAGGCGAAGACGACAUACCACGGAUCUUCAAGCGGCCGGGACUACGGGGAGGCAUGUUGUUUCCAAAGAGAAUACGUUUAUUGAUUCUGAGCACUUCAAGGAGCUUCUGGAUCGCAGCUGUUCGGCUGACUCUCAGCAAGCGUCCCUUGCGCGGCUGUACGAAGAUCGACAGGACAAUGCUGUGAAUCUUCUCAAGCAACAGCUUGAGACACUCAACUCAGCUCGAUUAGAAGCCGAACGGCGUCAGAUCCAGAUUAUGGAGGAAAGCUACUAUGAGCCCAUGUAUAAUGUUGGGGACGGGUCCACGCUUAGUGAAGAUAGCCCUCGAUACGAGCACUUUCUUGGGGAUGACGGUCCGGGAUCUUGGAGCUCUAUUCCUGGAAGUGAUAGCUGUUCAGUGGAGAUGGAAGGAGAUAGUUUCGGUCCCGCUGAGUACUGGCGAGACCGUGCGCGUGGUUAUGCCAAGCUCUUGACAGAUAGUAUACGGAGGGAGGAACAACUGGUCGAAAAAUUGAAUGAGUAUGCCUCAAUGCCUCCCCCGAGUUGGCAGCCUAUUGAAGAGAUUCGAACGCAGCUCCACCGCUUUGACAAUUUUUUACGGUUUUCUUUGAGGAAGGCGCCGGUGGUAAUUGGACAUCAGGUGUUUUACCAAUCUUACAGGUUAAUAGAGGAUUGGAAGAAUUAUUGCUUGACCUGGGACUUUUUUUCUUGGACCGACACAGACAGCGAUUUGCGGUACCGGUUUAUCUACAACGCUUUUCCCACAUUAUCGGAAGAGGAAGUAAUCGGAAAGACGGAUAUAGAGAUAUACAGCGGAUCGGGAGUAGCGGAGCUGAUGGACUUCAAGCGAGAGGUCAUGCGGAAGGGGUGGCCUGAGAAAAGAGAAAUUUCUUUUAAUACAGACCUUUUUGGUGAAAAAACUUUCUUGAUCGCUGUAGAACCCGUGCUGAGUCGGUCAGGAGAAGCCAUGGGCCUCAAUUAUAUUGCCAUGGAUAUUAGUGAACAGGUAGACAAGCGUGAACGAAUUUCGCGGCUUCGCGAGGAAGUGGCUGUGCAGAAGGCCAUGGAAGCUGAGCUUCACAAAACCAUUCAUAUUACUGAAGAAGCAAUGCGUGCAAAGCAGAUGCUGGCAACAAUGUCGCAUGAAAUUCGUUCUCCUCUGUCUGGUGUAGUAAGUAUAGCCGAGGUGCUGGCCACCACGCAGCUUGACCAGGAGCAGCGGCAGCUAGUGGAUGUCAUGGUGUCAUCUGGUGAUCUAGUGUUGCAGCUCAUUAAUGACAUCCUAGAUCUUUCAAAGGUUCAAUCGGGGGCAAUGAAAUUUGAGGCUAAAAAGUUUCGACCACGAGAGGUGGUGAAGCAUGUGUUGCAAAUGGCUCUUGCUAACAUGCAAUCUAAGGAUCUCAUCUUAGAAGGACUAAUCUAUGAUGAUGUGCCUCUCGAGGUCAUUGGGGAUGUUUUACGAAUCCGUCAAGUUCUCACCAACCUAGUUGGUAAUGCUAUUAAAUUCACACAUGAGGGAUCUGUGACGAUAAGUGUUCGGGUAGUCCCUCCUCCCCCCCCCUCUGUCGAAAGGGCAGCCAAGAAUGUCUUUCAAGCAGCUACUGGGAUUUCUGCAACAGCUUCGGGUCACAGUGUACCCUCUACUGAGAUUUCUUCUGGAGGUUCUCGACCGAAUUCUUCUCCGGUGACUUCAAACCAUGAAGCUGGUGAAACUUCAGGGGACGUGCAUGCUACCGAUAGCAAUUCGCCGCUUACAAGCGUGCAGUCCAUUGCUGAAUGUGGAGAGCUUGCAGUAGGCGAAGGAGUUGAGGAUGCUGUCUGGCUACUUUGUGAAGUUUCUGACUCGGGCAUUGGCAUCCCAGAAUCGGCAUUGCCAACAUUGUUUGAGAAGUACACCCAGGUUAGCACAGCCCAUGCCCGAAAGUAUGGUGGCACUGGAUUGGGAUUGGCGAUCUGCAAGAACUUGGUGGAAUUAAUGGGCGGCAACUUGACGGUGUUGAGUAAAGAAAAUCACGGUUCUACGUUCUCUUUUGCUCUUCCUUUCAGAGUAGAUUCAGGAAGGUCUAAAAGCUCUGGUCGACUAAGUGAUGAGGUCUAUGAAAUGAUGACUAAUGAGGCGAAGUCGGAGUGUGUCAACGAGAGGUUGGUAUCGACAAAAAAGAUUGGUUACUUCCAUUUUACAUCAAAAGUUGCUUCAUUAUCUCCAACACCAUCUCUGAAUCCAUCUCCGGGUCCAUCUCCAAGUCGGUCUCCAACUCCACCCAUUUCACGAUGCCGUAGUAACCCAUUGUCUGUUGAUGCUCUCACGGAAUCAAAUUUCCUACAGAGAACAAAAAGUCAUGGUGGUCACAGACUCUCAAACCGACGAAAGUCAACAAAACCUGUUGCCAUAGGAUUUUUCCAUGAUGGUUCACCUGAGUUCAUGGAUGUCGACUCGAAGGCACCCGACCACAUGAAGUACAUACCUGGCUUGUCUAUGACACAGUGCCAAAGCCAAGCUCCUUUUGUGCAUAAACAAUGCAUGGUUGGACCUUCUUCCCGUUCCCAUCGCCCUUCAACUAAGGUUCGCUUGCCGAAAGUUCAGGCAGGACUAGCAAGAAAAGACAGAAUGACUUCAGAAAGUUCUGUGCUUCCCCACUCAAUUCAUGGUAUCCAGCACCAAAGACAGUCUCGUAUAUUGCUAGCAGAGGACAACAAGGUGAAUGUGAUGGUGGCGCAGUCGAUGAUGCAGCGGCUUGGCCACAAAUUAGAGGUUGUGAACAAUGGAGCGGAGGCUAUUGAAGCUGUGAAACGAAAUUCUUAUGAUGUUAUUUUGAUGGACGUGUGCAUGCCGGUGAUGGAUGGACUUGAAGCCACCCGCAGGAUACGUCGUUACGAGGCAACGGGAUCGUGGGAGGAGUUGAAAGAAGGAGAUAUGAAUAGGAGUACAGAAUCUAGUUCUUUCGAACAUUGUUCUCGUGUGAACUUCGACAAUGCACAGUCUCAAAGUUCUACGCGACAAAGAACUCCCAUUAUUGCGAUGACAGCGAAUGCGCUGACUGAUAACAUGAUGGAGUGUUACAUGCAUGGGAUGGACUCCUUUGUUGCAAAGCCCGUAACUUUCAGAAAACUUGAACAUGUGCUGAAGCAAUUCAUACCCUGCCUUGAUAGCUCUCAGAAUUCAUCGGGUCAACUAACUUCGACGGAAUCAGGUUCGUAGUGGGUGAGGCAUAUUCAUGGCAAGGAUAUCCCAAAUUUAUCAACUACGAUGGAGUAGUUGUAUGACACGAAGACAUCAGGGGGUGCAAAUACACAAAUUUUUAAGCAUGAGCAUCCUCUGAAAGCAUGUUGCGACCCUUAAGAGUGCUGUGCACAGAAUAGCUUUUCAAUCACCUUUUUCUUCACCCUUCUGCAUUUUUUCUGGUUUGGAAAACUCUAGAAUAAAUUUCAGGCCCAAUGGUUGCACUCUAAUUGGUGGGAAGCGUGUCUGAGCUGGAUGACAAUAUCCUUGAAGGGCCAGCCCGUGGGGAGUACUUCCGAAAGCAGCUGACUGUAUGAUAACCGUCAACAAGAAGUUGGCACCCCAUUCUUUUUGUAAUCUGUAGUACACUAACUCAAGUAAGUAUUAAGUAACAGCAGCACGUUUUGCAAUCUGUCCUUGUCUUGAACUAUGAACUAUAUGAUGGUUUCAUUUGUUGUGGCGAUACUGUGCUCAGCACUUCGUGCCGUUGCUGAUGCAUGAGUUAUGACGUUUGUAACUUUCUCAGGUCAUGCAGCCUGAGGUGUACAUUUUUGUACUAAAAAAUUGGAUUCCUCUUCAAACUGUA